AUGGCUGCCACUCCCUUUGACAUACCCGCGCCUGGCAGCUCUUUUGUCUUUGACAUUUACCACGAUGGCCACAAUCAUGCCCAAAGCCACCCGCCCCGGCCUGGGCCGCCACCGACCACACCGGGACCACCCGCGCUGCCGGGCGGACCGUGCAACUACACAGACCCGACGCUCCCACGGUGCGGGUGCCGGCGGUUUUGGAGCCGCGCGUCGAUGACGGCGAGCGCUUCCGUCUUCCAGGACGACGGCGCGCAGGUAGAGGUCUGUAUGUGCUCGCACCAUGCCUGCUUCCACGAGGAUUUCCAGCCAGGCCAACAGACGCAACAGCCGCAGCCUUUGCCCGGCGAAAACCAGAAACCCGUGACCAACCGACCGCCGCUGAGCCCGGUUCAGCUUCCGUCGUUUCACCUCCCAGGGAGUCUGGGAUCAUCGCUGGAUUUCAACCUCUUGGACUUCCAGGCUUCCGUCGCGGCUGCCGCUGGCGCCAACGGCGGCCCACAGGACACCACCACCCUCCACUCCGGACAGGACAGCCCGAUGCCGGAUACGUACAACCACUGGGCCGACCCGCCGCGGUCACAAGCCGGGACCACAGCCACAGCCGGAGUUGCAACAGGAGCCGGAACCGCAGCCGGAACUGGAGCCAGUCCUGGAUACCCCGACGGAAUACCGCCCAUUCCUGCCCAGUGUUUGAUGUCACCGCCGCCUGCUCCUCCGUCCACGGCCGCGUCCAGCCAGGCCCGGUAUAUGCGCCCGUUUGCCGGGCGGGGACUGCAGACGCUAAGUGGUGUCAAUGGGCCCCGAUCGGGGUCCCGCCGGUUGGAGUUACUCGAAGGUAUAACCGUCAAUAGCGAAAUUGCCGAACCAACAGAGGAUCCAGCCCAAGCCGGAACCGGAGCAGAGGACGCGGCCACGCCCAGACCCCUCCCCUCACAGGACCAUCCCGACAGCAGCGGUUACCAGAGGCUGUCGGACAAGAUCGAGUCGCACGAACAGCGACUCGACCGGCUCGAGACCAACUCCUUCUCAAUCGCCGGCCACGACGACUGCAGCGACCGGCAUGAGCACGUCGACCUGCGCGUGACAGAGCUCGAGUCGCGCGUCGACGAGGUGGAGAAGAUCCUCAACGACAACGGCAGCGUGGUGAGCAGUCGCCGAACGGUGACCACCAAGAACGACGACGCCACAGCCAGCGUCGUGUCUGUAUCGACCAACGCCACGGUCCUCCCGCCGACCAGCCGCGCCGAGGUAUACAGCCAGCUGCAGCAGCUUCAAGCCCAAGUCCACCAGCUGCAGGCGGCCGCCCUACCGACGUACACUAAACCAUGGGAGCUAGAGGUCGUGUUUCUCCCCUUCCCGCUCAAGGGCAUCUGGCUCGAGUCCAAGGAGUUCACCAACACCCACGGCCAGCGUCGCUCGAUCGGCUCCCACUUCGAAGGCUGGACGCAACUCCCCAACACCAUCAGCCGGGCCACGCCAGAUCCGCAAGGGCUGCCCAAGUCCAAGUUCCAGGAAUGGGCUGGCCAGGAACCGGACUCGACGUGGUUGUGGCCGCGGGCGUUUAUCCCCGGCCGGGUGAUCGACCAGCGGCUGAGAAGUCGCGGGCUGAUCAAGACGGUGCGUGUCCGGGGCGCGGAUGCGAGGAGCGUGCAGUUGGCUGUGCACGCUGCGUUUGAGGAUGUGCUGCGUGUGUCUGGCAACUCAUCUGACUCAGGGAGCGCCGCGCCGACGGCGGAGUUUUUGGGCUUGCGCCAGGCUUGGGUGCCGCUGCGGAAACUGCACAAGGACUCGCGGCUGCGGUUCCUCACGCCGGCUGAGAUGGCGACGCCUGCGCUGUGGGAUUUUACGUUUCUCGUGUCGAGCGUUGUUAUGAAGGCUACGGGGGUUCAGAGGUUGUAUAUCACGCAGCCUGAGGCGUAUUUGCAGGAUCAGGCGCAUGUUGUCGGGAAAGGGUAUCAGACCGUCGACUCGACCGGUUGGAUGUGGACAUGGCCGCGGCUGCGUCAGCUCAGUCGGGUGUACGGCGACUCGCAGAGCACUAGCGGCAGCCAGGCCGAUACCAGCGAAGUACCCGAGGCGGAUGCACUGGAGGAGUGCUGGAACCAUAAUGAGCGGCUUGACGAGCAGCCGCAGCAACAGCCACAGCAACAACAACCCAACGUCGCGGUGUCCGCCAACAUCAGCCUGCGACAGUCCAUCCUCCAGCGCUCCUCGCGACGGUCAUCAACCGAACCGUCCGGCCAGUUCUACACCGGUGUGCAGUCGCCUAUCUUAUCCAUGAGCAUGAAUGGACCAGCCAACCAUGGCAUCAUUCCCCCCAGCCGCUCUCGCCAGCCAUCACCCCUCAUCCAGCGCGAGAAUGCCCCGCGCGACCGCAAAAGCUCCGGCUCCGGCUCCGGCUCUGGCUCCGGCACUAACCCCUGGCCACCCAACAUCCGCACCGGCUCACUCCCGCCCGUACACCCGGGUAUCCUCUCCCCCGCCCAAUCCCGCCGACGUCUAUCCUCCUACGCUGCAGCCGCCAGCGGCGCCACGCCCUACGACCGGCGCUCAUCCCCUCUCAUCGCCCGCGCCAGUCCCCGGCCAAGUCCCAGACUGGGCAGCAGUCAUAACCAUCACCAUUCCCAAUAUAACCACCGCUCUGGCAUCCCCAUCCCUAAUUCUGCCGGACCGGGUGCCGUGCCCAAACGCCGCUUUAGUCGUUCACCGAGUCUCAUCCCGAGGAAUACCCCCCGCUGGAGCCGCACUAGCAUGAGUCGGUCACCGUCGCUCGCUCCAGGUGGGAUGUAUGGAUACCAGGAAGAUCGCGAGAAUCAACAGCAGCAUCAUCAGCAACAGCAAAACCCCCGCGAGAGAAGGAUGACAACCCCCUUCUACUACGCCACACCCCACAGCGAAGCGGUCCCCGACUUUGGAUACCAACGCGCCGGCAGUCGUGGACCGGUGGCCAUGGGCAGUCACCACAACCACCAUGGCGGGUUACGCAUGGGCGGGUAUGAAGACGAUGAUGAAGAGUUGGAUGAUGCGGAGUAUGGGGAUGAGGAGAUGGGUGAUUCCCAUGAUGAUUUCACGGGGAGUUCGGAGAAUGGAACCGGUGGGGAGGAGGAGGAUGAGGAUAGUGAGAUGACGGAUCAUGGGUAUGAUCAUGGACAGCCGGUACGGGGGGGGUAUGGAAGCGCUUCGGUGCGGCGCACGCCGGGGUUGAGGCCGAUUGGUGGUGGUGGUGGUGGGAAUACGGGAGGGUCGUCGUUUGGGUUUGGCGGGACGGACGGGGAGGAGGCGGAUUUGGAGGAUAUUGAUGUUUAUGAGGAUGAAGAUGGGGAGGAUGAGUUGGAUGGGGUGGAUACGGAUGUUGGUGGGGGGCGGGAUGAGAAUCAUGCCCAACAACAACAGCUGCAACAACAACAACAACAGCCGCUCCGGCCAGAAGAUAUCCCCUGGGCAGGCAUCGAAGACCCGAUUGCCAACGGCGGUGCCAUGGCCGAUCUCGACGGCGACAGCAUGAUGUCAGACGGGGAGAACGUCGAUCCCACGUCCCAAUCCGAGUCCCAGUCGGGGUCACUAUCACUAUCCCAGUCAAUAUCGGUGUCUUCCGCCCAGCCGGUAUCGCAGCAUUCCUUCUCGCAACACUCCUUUUCCGGGGGACGGUCCCUGUCUGCCUCCCGGGGAACGACAGAUGAUGACGAGCAGGUGGAGAUAGCCAUUCAUGAGGAUGAGCUUGUUGAGACGGUUACUACGAGGAAGAAUAGCACCAACAACACCGCCGGCAAACCGACCGCCACCGGAACGGGUACCGAGACGGAGGAUGAUGACGAUGAGACGAGUAGUCAGGCUCCGAGCGAAUACUCGAGUAAACCCAACGCUUGGCAGAUCGUUGCUCCACCUCAACCGCCUCAGCAGCAACAUCAACUUCAGCCAACUAUGAGCACGGCCACAAUGACCACAGCUACCACAGCCAGCAUGGCAAUAACAGGCCUAUCCUCCUCUGCACCAGGCUUGUCAGGCAAUGCUGCCGGAUUCAAGAUUCAUGAGGAUGGGACGACUGGGGCUGGGGCAGUGGGGGAGGAGGAGUUGCCUGAUACGCAGUGGGAGUGA